UGGGCGGGCAGGAGAGCGACUGGGUGUCUCGUCUACGAGAGGACCUCAUGGCCUUCAACAUGGGAGACGAAAAGGAAGGGGGGAAAUGGAAAGAGAGCGCCAAGGAUCCGGAGGAGUGGUACAACAAGGUCGAGGACGGGGCGGCAUGGUUCAUGAGGAAAUGGCACAGGCAGGAGGCGGAAGCGUCCGCGAAGCGCCAGCGCGCGAGGGAAGCAGAAAAAAAGCAGAGUACGGCCAUCUCAGCGCCGAAGAGAGAGAGAGUCGGGGAACCGGCGGUGGGGGCGAAGAAACGGCGACCGGGCACUGCUGUAGAAGCGAGUAGGGCGGCCGAGGCAGCACUUGUGGCGAACUAUGUACCCGGCUGA